GCCUGAGGAGCAACAACACUGAGGGCGAGAGCGAGAAAGAGAGAGAGAAGACGGGUUGCAAUGUUCCAUCCUCGCUGCGGCCGCUGCGUUCACCUUGCUAAUGGAAAUAAGACCGCCUUUAGGAGCAACCCGACGCAGGAGUUCAACCGAGGACUCAUAUUCAGCCUCGAGCCCAUCAAAGAUAACGAGGUGUUCGAAGUGACGAUCGAUAAGAAGUUAAACACAUGGAGUGGAAGCAUCGAAAUAGGUGUGACCGUUUGCAAUCCAGAUGUCAUCGAUAUCCCCAUCACUGCCACCGACCUACGAGGAGGAACAUGGAUCAUGCUGGGGCAGGGCGUGCUGCGGGACGGCCGCUCCCUCCAUGAGGCAUAUGGCUGUGACCUGGACAAGCUGGUGGAAGGAGACAGGGUGGGGGUCAUGAGGACGUCCCAGGGAGACCUGAAGUUCUUUGUGAAUGGUGACUGCCAGGGUGUUGCAGCGGCCAACCUGCCACAGAUGCUUUAUGCUGUGGUGGACAUGUAUGGCAAAUGUGCACAAGUCACUGUCACCGCGCCAGCCACUCCUGACUCCAGUGAGCUCCAUUCCAACACACUAGAUGAGGACUCCAUCAGUGAGGUGUCAUCACUACGGGACUCUAACAUCCUAGACUCACAGCUGGAUCCUCUGCCACCACUACCUGCCCCUGCCACUACCGCCACCACCACCACCACCACUACCAUCACCCCCACGGCUGCCACCAACACCACAGUCCCAGCCACCACCAGUAAUGUCAUCAAUAACAAUGACAACACCCUCAUUGCAUCUGCUAUCCCUGAAGGUGCUGCUUCUAUUGCAGUCACUACGACAGCUACCACCACCACCACUGCUGCUCCUCCCAGCGCCCCACCCAGCUUUGCCUCAAGUAGUGCGCUGAGCAACCAUGUGGCCAACAUUAGUAUUGCCAACAGCCUUAUGUCCAAUAGUGAUAGCAACUUGCUACACCAGGAGCGUGACAGCCGGGACAGUGGCGGUGGUGGUGGUGGUAAUGACGUGCCCUUUGGUGCCUCGCUGCGGCCCCCCGACACCUGUGCCAACUCCCCAUUGCCUGAUGCUACACUGGGAUCUGUCUGCAAUAAUAACAACAACAACAACAACAACAAUAACACUCAGGCGACCGGCACCCCAUCAGGCUACACGAUGGGAGGUGCUGUGGGAGGCUCUGGCAGCAACAACAAUAAAAACAAUAAUAACAACAACAACAACAACAACAAUGCUGGUGGUGGGGACAAGGCCAGUGGGAACAUGGGGCCUGGCCAGUCAGGGAACAGCAGUCACAGUACUUCAGACAACAUGGUGGGUUACUCUUCAGCGUCUGAUCGCCUCCGCUUCCAUGACAAGUGUGGCACACUGGUCAAACUGUCCAACGGUGCCCGCACUGCUGAGAGGCGGCGCCCUCUUGAUGAGUUCAACAAUGGAGUGGUGAUGAGCUACCGUGCCCUCAGGGAGAACGAGCUGUUUGAGAUCCGCAUUGACCGCCUGGUGGACAAGUGGUCAGGCAGCAUUGAGGUGGGCAUCACCACCCACAAUCCUGGCCUUCUGGACUUCCCCGCCACCAUGACCAACAUGCGCUCUGGCACCACCAUGAUGAGUGGAACAGGCAUCCUCACCAAUGGCAAGGGAACCCACCGGGAAUAUGGAGAGUUUAAUCUUGAUGAGCUGAAGGAAGGUGACAGGAUAGGUAUGAUGAUCAAGACAGGGGGUGAACUCCACUAUUACAUCAAUGGACUAGACCAGGGCAUUGCUGCAACAGGUGUGCCACCUCCUGUGUGGGCAGUGGUGGAUCUGUAUGGAAUGACUGUCAAGGUGACCAUUGUGGAGCGUGAUGAGAGGGAGGAGCAGAACCUGAUCACGCGGCGGAACACCCAGAUGGGCGAGGCACAACCCACUCUUUCAGACACGGGCCACUCAGAUGAAGACACCGGAGAGGCCCUGUUGUUCCACCCCAACUGUGGUACCUAUGCUCAAGUGAUUAACAAUGGCCGCACAGCCCACCGGCCCAAUGCUGCCGAUGACUUCAAUAAUGGGGUUGUCCUGACACGUCGCCCCCUCAAGUCAAAUGAGAUGUUUGAAGUUCGGCUGGACCGGUGUGUAGACAAGUGGGCCGGCUCCCUGGAAAUUGGUGUGACCACCCACCCUCCCACUGACCUGGAGUACCCCUCCACCAUGACCAAUGUGAGGUCUGGCACGUGGAUGAUGACUGGCAAUGGUGUGAUGCACAAUGGCACAACCAUCAUUGAUGACUACGGGCAGAACCUGGACAGACUGAAGGUUGGGGAUCGUGUGGGUGUUCUGCGGAAGGACAACGGCAACCUGCAUUUCUUUGUGAAUGGGGUGGACCAGGGGCAGGCUGCCAGCAAUGUGCCUGAGCAUAUAUUUGGUGUGGUGGACCUGUAUGGCCAAGCAGCACAAGCAACUGUGGUGCAGCACACUGACCACUGCUCCUCAGAUGUCCUCCCUUCCAGUGUUUCCAGCUCCACUAUUUACAGUGACCUGCGGUUCCAUCACCUCCAUGGGAAGAAUGCUCGCAUCCUCAAUGGUGGACUAACAGCACAGCGGCCCAAUGCACAUGGGGAGUUCAAUGAUGCAAUAGUGAUCAGCAAUAGACAGCUGCAUGAAGGCGAGAUGUUUGAGGUGAUGAUUGACAAGAUGGUGGACAGGUGGUCAGGCUCUCUGGAGGCUGGUGUGACAGCCAUCCCUCCAGAGGACAUCGACUUCCCCAGCACCAUGACAGACAUUGACUAUGACACAUGGAUGCUGAGUGGCUCAUCUGUGAUGCGUGACGGCGUGACUGUCAUGAAUAACUAUCGCUGUGAUCUGGAUGCCUUGGUGGUGGGCACACGGGUGGGCAUGAUGCGCCACUCUGACGGCUCCCUCCAUUACUAUGUCAAUGGCGAGGAUCAGGGCACUGCCUGCGAGAACCUUCCACCAGGUCUGUGGCCAGUGAUUGAUCUUUAUGGGCAGUGUGCUCAAGUAACCAUCGUCCACAACCCCAUCAGGCAUGACCAGUCCCUCAUCUCAGUGUCCCAGUACUUGGACAUGUCGCACCUCUCCCUCCCUGCCGCAGGGCAGGCCAGUGUGGGCUCUGAGGUCAUCCACCGCUUCUCCAAGUGCUGUGGUCCAAACAUCACACUGAGCAACAACAACACGACUGCCAAGCGGGUGCGGCACUACAACCAUGGCCUUGUAUUCACCUCACACCCGCUGGAGCCAGAGGAGCUGUUUGAGGUGUCCAUUGAUCGUGCUGCCAUUGGGUACUGUGGGUCACUGGCAAUUGGCCUCACCUCUCUGCCCAUCAGUGACUCUUACCCAACAGUCAGUCUGCCUGCAACUGUAUCAGGGAUAGAGGCGGCUGAUGCGUGGUGGAUCAGUGGCUCAGAUGUGUGGCGGAAGGGCCCUCUGUCCUACGGCUCAAUUAUUGCCCCAAACUUGGGAAGACUGAUGGUUGGAGACCGUGUGGGCAUCAAGAGGACCUCUGAUGGGGCAAUGCGUCUGUUCCUCAAUGGGGAAGACUGUGGUGUGGCAGCGACAAAUAUAACAAAGCGGGUGUUUGGUUUGGUGGAUCUGUUUGGGUUCAUUGAGUCAGUGGUGGCCACCAGUGUGUCCCGCCAGGCCAGCUCCCCAGUCAUGGACUCCACUGUGGUUGCCUCCAAUAACAAUGCAGUAUCUCAGGACUCACUAGAGCUGUCACAGCCAGAAUCUCGCCAGCCUCUUGGACUAGGCUCCUUAUCUUCAGGCUUCCACCCAGCCACUUCGGCCCACAUCCCACCCCCAGAUGUACGAGUCCCCAUGGACAGUAAGGCUCUGGCUGCUGAACACAACAGGCAGGAGGCAGCAGGGCAGAGCAGCCGCCACUCACAGCCGUCGGACACAAGAUCCUCAUUGCACAGAGACCAAGACCCACAGACAGAGACUCGGCAAGGUGUGACCAGCAAUAACAAAGACUCUUCCCUUAUUCAAUUCCAUGAAAAUACUGGAAAGAACGUUCUCCUUUCCCCUGAACGGCUGUCAGCACGGCGAUCAGAAAGUUACAACCAGGGUAUUGUCAUGUCUGCUCGGCCCCUGCCCAGAAACACUCUCUUCCAGGUGCGCCUUGGCUCCCUGAACCCUCGGUGGUCCAGCUCUCUCAUGCUGGGGGUGACAGCACAGUCCCCAGAGAAACUCCACUUGCCCAACACAGCCUUUGCCCUUAAGAGAAACACUUGGAUCAUAUCGGGAGACUCUGUCUUCUACAAUGGAGUCAAGAUCAAGGGUCGCUACGGGCCAGACCUGGACAGCCUGGCAGGCGGCCACGUGGUAGGAGUGCGAGUGGACCAUGAGGCGCGUCUCCACCUGCUAGUGAACGGCGUGGACCAGGGCGUGGCAGCCAAGGAGAUCCCACCCACCGUCUAUGUGGUGCUGGACCUGUAUGGGCAGUGUCAGGAGGUUGCCAUCAGCAGUAGCAGCAGUGUGAUGAGUGGUGACAUAGCCAUCACCACUCCCACUGGCACUACAACCAUCACCAACACGUCCUCCACCACCACCACUACACCCACAGCCUCCAGCAUGGCCAACAGCCUUCCCAUUACAGCCACCAACACCAUGGUCACCAGCACCAACUCCCAGGCUGGCCAUGAACAGAACAAAAAGAAUCUUCUUAAGACUCAUCACCAUCACCAUCAUCAUCAUCACCACCACCAUCACCACACACAUAAUAUCCAGCAACAGCAGCAGCAACAACAACAACAACAGCAGCAGCAGCAGCAGCAGCAGCAGCAGCAACAGCAGCAGCAGCAACAACAACAACAGCAGCAACAACAACAACAGCAGCAGCAGCAGCAGCAGCAGCAGCAGCAGCAACCACAACAACAGCAGCAGCAGCAGCAGCAACAACAACAGCAACAACAACAGCAACAACAACAGCAGCAGCAACAACAGCAGCAACAACAACAGCAGCAACAGCAACAACAGCAGCAGCAGCAGCAGCAACAACAACAGCAGCAGCAGGCUCCUCAGUCACAGCAGCCUUCACAGCCCUCCCAGCUUGCCUCAGGUCCUCAUCCAGACAACAGCAGCAGCAACAUCUCCAAUGAGGCUCGACAACCCAGCUCAAACAUUGAAGUGGAGCACAUUACACAGCCUCACCCACCUAAGGAUAAGGACAAGGGUGUAAUAAGGAGCUUGCCAGACAGCUCAGUGGUCAAGAACUGUGAGUAUCAGAAUAUGUGCCACCGCUUCAAGGCUUCCCUGGCCCUUCCAGAGGGCUACUUCAGUUCAGAUGGCAACCUGUGCUACUGCGAGACAUGCCACAAGAUCCGCGGAGAUGAGCCUUACUACACUAAAGGGAACCCACCCAAGCACUAUGCACAACCCUUCGGCUGGUGUAGGUUCGGUCUGGUGAGUGGUGUGGGGGACAACAAUGAGUCGUGGCACAUGGCCUACCACGGCACUCGGCCCGGGGCAGUGCGGCGCAUGCUGGACAAGGGAGAGCUACUCUUCCCAGGGGAGCUGGGUGUGAGCUCCACCCUUGCUGGCCGUCGCAGCAAGGAUGAUGACAGUGAUGGCUCCCAGCUCUGCUUCUCCCCUACCAUCACCUACGCCUCAGCUCAGCCCUUCGCUCCACCUGUCCUGUUUGUGGACCCAUGCACCAGGAAGAGAGUGCAGGUGCGAGUGGUUCUGCAGGUGGCUGUCAAGCCAGGCUCCUAUAAAGUUGGCUCUCCAUCAGUACCAUGGACACCCACACCUGACACCCACCUCCACCCAGACACCAUUGAGUGGGUGACCAAGGAGCGUGGUGCCACCCAGCUGCUGGCUCUGCUUGUCAGUCUGGAGGAAAAGUGAGGUGCUCAAGUGAAAUUGUGAGAGUGGCUAUUUUCAAAUUCAUAUUAGUUUCUUUUUUCUUAAGAAACUUUAUAUUACUGCUUCCCUCCAAGUAAAAUACUGAUAUGUACAUUGUUCUGCAAUUUGUAAAGGUCCCGUGAUGUGAAUCCAGUCGAAUAAUAUGUAAGAUAUGUAUGCAUAAUAUAGUACAAGUACAGGCUGGACGACAGGGCCGGACCAGCCACCAGGAGGCCCACACAGGCAGUUUUAGGCCACUGGGUACUGAAGGUUUUGUUCACGGCACUAACACAAAGAUGCACCUCUGUAAAUCCAGCCACAGCCUUCUCUAAUUAGUGUUGUAUAGUAGUCCUGAAAAUAACUGGAUUGGAAUCACUUGAGAGUUGAUUAAAAAUCCAGCAUAAAUUUCACUUAUUACAAUAGUUUUAUACUUGAAAUUUUCCAUAGAAGAUAUUUAUUGUAAGGUCAUGGAAGCUGUGAUCUUGUGCAUGGACAAGAGGGAAUUGGAAGUAGUGGUUCAUGCAAUCCCAGUGAAUGGUGAGCUUGUCAUGAGGCAAACUAGUUGAUAAAGUUAUGCAGAAUGUCUAACGAUGAUAAAAAGUAAUGUAGAGGUAUGCAUUGUGUCCUUACAGGGUAAUUAAUUUCUUGAUGAACUUGUGGAAUUAUGAUACAAAAGUGAUCACAGUUUUCAAUGUCUCAUUAAUGAUUUUCUGAGUAUUUUCAUAAGCCCACACACUUCACUGAUUCCUGAACCAUUCAAAGAUUUUAAAUUCUUUGAAACUACUUACAAUAAAAGAUAAGAUGUGUUUGAAACGAUACAUGAAAGUCACUACACUGGCCUUUGUCUUGUUAGAAAGACAACCCCAAUUACUGGCCCCGUCCUGGGUGGCAAGCGCUCCGGCCCUGCUGAACAAAGCACAUAAGAAACAUUCCACGCAGUAGUUGUGCAGGAAAGUAAAUGAGUGAAAAUGUGCUUUCUUAAGUCAUUAGUUCUGUCACAGAAUGUCAAUGUGUUUAGUGUGCAAGUAGGUACAGCUACAGUAAAUAGUACCUGUGAAUUUUUGGAGUAAAAAUUUAAUAAUUUCCAAUAGUAUCAAAAGAAUAAUGCUUCAUUACUAUGCAAAUAUAUAAGUAACCAGUAGAUUUUCUAUUGAGUACUAGUAAUAUCUGAAACCAAGUGUCAGGAGCAAUUUUUUACAGGAUGAAUUUCUGGGAAAAAAGUUCAAACACUUCACAGUUAAGUUGCUAUCAAGUAAAACACUACAAGGAGUGUAGACAUGAUUAGUGGAUGAGGGCUGUAAGAAUCAGGAAUUAGACAUCAGCAUACAUGUGUAAAAUUAUCUUGUGUGUAAGCCAGAGUGUAUGUGUACUAGUCUGAACACAACUUGUGUUCCCUUUUUUUUUUUUUUUUUUUUUUUUUUUUUUUUUUUUUUUUUUUUCGCUCUUCAGUCAUGGCUCAAAGUCAGGGUCAGCGGGCAGCAAGAGUGUUCUGUGCUCACAUAAUGGCAGGAAAACUUGGUUAGUAAAACUUUAUAGAUUUCUUUCUUGUACAGGAGGAAGAGGAUAUUGUUGAGGCAACAUGUA